UCCACCCCUCAAAUUCGGUUGAACUGCAAAGAAGCAAAAAAUAAUUCCAAUUGGACCUAGGAUAAUAAAUAAAUAAAAAUAAGUGUGGAAUCGAAAUAGUAAAUCAGAAAUAAGACUAGCACCUGUGGUUCUCGGUUAAAAUCGCAAUUUCGUACGACGCAAUCGGUUUAAGCGCGAGUUUCAGUUCCCCUGCCACUCGAGGCUCACACCUUAAAACUUGUUUUGAGUUUACCAAGUGGAGCGAGGUGUUCGUGCGUUUGUGUAUACAUACAAACAAAUGUAAAAGUCUUCAGAAAUUCCAACGCAACCCAAGAACUGCACUGCAGAACUGCAGAACCCUUGCGUUUGUAGUCGGAGAUAUUAAAUGAUAUAAUUUAAUUGCGAGAACUGGUAACGAAUCACAGCCACUCAAAAUGGCGCUGUGCAGUAUGCCGGGCAAGGCGAACAACCGCGACCGCAUCCGGGAUCCCCGCGAGGAGAUCCUGCUCGAGACGAACUUCGAGGACGACGGCGGAGUCCUGACGCGCGCCUACAACGGAAACCCGUACAAUCCGUCCUUGCAGAACCGUCGGCGCAACUCGUACCGCUCGGAUCACUCCCUGGACAGGUACACGGAGCGCGGAGGCGAAGGAGAAUGCUGCCAAUCAUGCAUGGCGCGUAUUCCCUACGCCACCCUGAUAGCCACUCUCAUGUGCCUCCUGGGAGUCGGCAUUUUCUGCUUCACGAUGUACCGGGGGGCCUCCCUCACCGUUAUAAUGGUUGACCAGGUCUUCCACCUGCGCCUGAUAUGGAUCGAAGCGGUGCAGAUGAUUUUUGUUAUAAUUGGAGCGGGCAUGGCGGCCCUCGGAUUCAUGAUCCUAUUCGUCGGAUUUUUGGCCACCGGUGCCACCAGAUAUAAGGUCUACCGGGCGUGGCGCUCGCGAGUGGGCGGUCGGAUCUCGUGCGCCGUUCUCAUGGGGAUCACCUACCUGCUCAACUUUGUCUGGAGCCUGAUCCUGUGUUUCCUCGUAGUGGUAACCUUCAUUUACACAAUGUUCUGGAACAUGUGCUCGAGUGUGGAGCACUCUCAAAGCUGCAUUGACUUGACACAAUUUCAUUUCAUGUUUCCACCAAACACGAAACUCGAGGACAUGAAGGUCUGCGAAAAGUAUGAGAUCAAGGCCUUUUGCAAAGACGGCGUGGAGAACGCUGAGGUCAUGUUCAUAUUGGCCACCCUGUCCACCCUAUUGGUCCUGCUCAGUCUGGUCCACUAUCUGAUGUGCCUGUCCGCCAACUACGCCCAUAUUCGGGACCACGAGAAGUUCCAGGAGCUGCAGGAAAUCCAGAACCUUAACGAGCUGGAGUACAGCGCUACUUCGAAGGAUCGAUUCUAGGACAUAUUUCAGAAGAUUCAAUUUGAGCUUAAGGAGAAGUCCAGCGCUAUUUGAGCGAUUCGCGCCCAUACAACGAACAGUGAACAAAAUUCCAACGAACACCAUCAUGCUAUAGUUAAGAUUUUUUGUUAGACCUAAGAUUAAAGUUUAUUUCGGAGUUUGGCAUGGUCGUUUAAUGAGUUAGUGGCUUCAACGAUUAUUUAUGUUCAAAAGUCCUUAUAUAACAAGCAGUUGUACUGAAAUAAUAACUGCCAACAGGAAAGAUCCCACUGAAAUGCUUUUAUUUUCCGCACUUUUACUUACUUACUAUUAAAUUACUUUGCCGUCCAUUAAACUAAGUUAGCCUACAUUCUCAUUUGUCUUUCUGUUGUUAUUACCUUGCAAACAAUAAAUACACACAAACAUGAACCACAAAUGCUUAUGCUCAAAUUGAUUCUUCUGAAUUGCUGAAUACAUUUAUUAAAAUAGGAAUACGUUAGUUAACCAAAACUUAUUAUUAUAUAGUGUAGUCCAUCCGUGAAUGAUUAUCUUUCUAAUCUGUACAAGAAUCUACUUUUAGGUGUGUAUAUUUCUCUAUUGCAUAUGGAAAUUGAAAGCAAUACGAAUCCUGCCGUAGUAUUUUGAAAAUGCGGUAGCAAAAGAUUGGCUAAGUAUAAAUAUAUUUAUCUUGUAUUAAAUGUAAGCGCAUACGUAAUAUUAACAAUAUAUUUUAUACUACAGUUUUCUAACCUCACAAUUAUACAAGAAUGGUAGGAUAACAUAAGAUUGUUUACACGUAAUCUUUUUAAUAUUUAAUAAAAUAUUUGAGGUAACUCAAAUUAAAAGUAUUCCGAA